UCUGAUUUCAAGGAGGUAGUAGAGGUUGCUGUAAACUAUGACGUGUUGCAAACUAUGACGUGUUUGACAGGUUCAAUGGAACUGAAGUAGAAAAAGGGUUUGAUCAUGUUGAACUCUUGGCCAUGAAGGUAUUUGAUGAAUGACCACCAAGUGUUUGCUAAAAUUCCUCAAUUAAAGGAUUGGGAUGAUUUUAAGAUGAAACCUACUGAACAAAAAGGGAGUCAUCUCAAAUGAUAGAGAGUUUCGGCUUCACGAAGAAGCUGCCAUGCAGUGGAAUCAAUGUCAGAUUGACCAGAAAUUUAAAGAGUUGAAGAUGGAAUUACAGUUGGGCAGCAGUAGAGUUUUCCUUCCAUCUGAGAAAAAUGCAAACAGUGUUUUUGAAAAGUCCACAAGGAGUUGACAAGUUUGAGAACUAUAUUGAAAUGAACUUGUCUAAGGGUGCAUUUGUCUUUUCUUAUAAUAAUACACCUUUAGUAAUUGAUAUUUGGAUGCAUGUUUAAUAUCAUUCUGAUAACCGAAGGACGCUCGAGUUUGGUGCAAUUGAAUCAUCAAUGAGGCGCAAAUGGGAAGGCUGGGGGCCGUCAAACAUAGAAGGGAAGAAGUUUAAGAGUUUUAUUAAAAAAUAGAUAUUCAGUUGUUGAUGAUAAAGUUCUCACUGCAGAAUCUGAUAUAACUGGUUUAAGUUUUUUCUAUGGCUACUUGGGAUGACAAAUUUAUAUGACUCAAUAGAAGGAUAUUAGUCAAUGUGUGGGUGUAUGUCAAAUUUUACCCCUAUAAGCAUCAAGAGCAUCAAGGGUCUUAUGACCAGAGCCUUUGCUAGAGAGGACACAUGAGAAAGGCUUAGGAAAUGGAAACAAUAGAGCAUCCAGAAAUGGCGCCAACUCAGCUGAUAAUUAAAGGAGAUAAGCAGAAGCACUUUCUUUUUUAUUUUGCAAAUACUCAAUUUUCAUUUUAUGUUUUUUAGUUUAUUACCGAUAUGUGUUUUUGGCUUAAACAUCCUUGAGGACACAGAUGCUUUCAUGGAGAGGUAUUGUUAGGACCCAACUAAUAGUGUUUAGGUUUGUUAUAAAUAGUUAGUUAAGUUGUUUUGAUCAGUUAGAAAUUAAUUUGAAUUAAUUACUUUUCAGCAAUAAAAGGUAGAGUUCGGAAUUGAUCCGUAUCCAGAAAAUAUGAAGUACGUUUAAAACUUCUCUAUACAGCAAUUCCUCUUUUCUCUUCGUCUUCCUUACUCUUUCUUCUCCCUAAAUUCUAGCUCAGCUCUCAUCUUCUUCUAAAUUCUUUUCUGUUUCUUCUGCAAUUUUUCUUCUUUCUUUGUUUCUUCACAAAUCAGGACAGGUUCCUAAUACUAGCAUUAUGUUUUCCACAGAGGUUAGAGUUGUGGGAAUCAGAUAGAUGAUGUCUUCUUCACCAUCUGUAAUUUGGGAACUUAGUUUCUUCAUGAAACUGAUUUUGAGAGUGAUGAGGAGACUUGUAAGCACGUGUUUGCAUUGCCUGAUGGUAUAUAAGCUUUGGACCAUGGUGUAUGGAUUGUUGGGAAUAAGUUGGGCGAUAACAGGUUCAGUGAAAGAGGAAUUUGGCGUGGAAGGUUAAUGGUUUUGAUAUCUAGAUUUUACUCAACUCUCUAGUUUUUGGGUUGACUGGAAGGAGAAAAAUAUGAGGGCUUUUGAGGUGGUUGAGGAUGUUAAUGGUUUUGAUAUAUCUAAGGAUAGAUGGUUCCGGACUCUUGGUUUUUUGUUACAGGGUUAUCUUUUGGUUACUUUGGAGGAUUUUGCGGAACUUAUUGAUUUGUUAAUAAACUUGUAAAUUUGUAAAUGAGCACCCCUUCGGUGCCUUAUUAGUAUACAGUACUGUUUGUAUUUAAAAAAAAAGAACCUGAUUUCCUCUUGAUUUAUCCGGAGUUAGAAAUGCUUUGUCAUCUAAAAUUCGGAAUUUAUAGAGGAGGCUAUCAGUGCCUAUUGUGGUGCACUAGUGUCAUCAACACACCGCCUUUGUUAUGCAAGUUUGUGGUUCACGUGUGUAAUUCUUCAGGCUACAUAUGUGCCCUAUCAAAACUCUUGAUUAUUAUUUUGGUGCAUUUGCUGGUAACUAUGUGUUGUUCUGUGUUUUUCUGCGCAAAAAAAAAAUUUGUGUGAUUCUGUGUUUUUUUUUUUUGUUUAGGAUACCAAAUCACCUUAAAGUUUUUCAUGUUUUUCUUUGUUGAAUAUUCAAGUACAAAGUGAUGAUUAAGUUUGUCAGAGAUAUCUAACUAAAACUCUCAGCUUGAAUUUCCUUUUAGUUUCUUUCCCCAAUUCAGUUCUUUUUGCACUUAGAAUAAACUAUGCGGCUUAGCCACUGAUGGUUGGCUGCCAAUUUUGUAAGGAUGAUCAAAUUAUUGUGGACCUGAAUUACACUCGUGCUGUUAUUAAUUGAGGAAAUGCUUUGCUUAUUCCUUAUAGGACAGGAUCUUGAUAUUUUCUUCAUCUUGCACGAAUAGUAUACAGUGGUGUACUAUACUAUGGUGGGUGAUGAUUAUUCUUAGUCAUGAUUAUAAAAUAAUAGAAAAUUAGCAUGAAGGCAUCCUAUCUGUGAGACACCAUAGAAUUUUGGAUCUUUAUACCUCUUGUGAAUUGAGUGAAACCAUGAUCCGUCCAACAACUUGAAAAUUAACAUGUCAAAGAAGCCAAUGUGGCUAUUCGUGACUGGUAUGGGCUGUAUAUUGAAUGUAAGCUACUGUGGACCUUAUUUUUCCAUGCUGGGGAAUCUUUUUACAUAUAUUACCUGUCUUUGUAGAGAAUUUUUAAGGUAGAUCAAUACAAACUGAUGUUAUUUGUUCUUCAUUCAUUUUUUGAUUCACAAACUGCUGUUGUUUGUUCUUCAUUCAUUGUCGGAAUUAAGUUGGUAAAUCAAUACAUGGCCUGACUUUUCAUUUUCCUUCCAACAGUUAAUAAUCUAUGGAGCACUCAGUAUACUAGAAAGGAAGGCCACCUUGAUUUUUAUUAUAUCAUUGUUUUAAAGUGACUGAAGUUACUAGUUACCCUGUCCUUGGGAGUUCUAGUUAAAAGAAUCCCUGUUUCGGAGUGACGUGCCUACAUACAGAUAAAAUGUUACGAGACUUCUACAAGGUUUCCUCAUCAAUAAAGAUGGUAGAGAUUAAUGGGUUUGGUGGUAGUAGAUGUGUUUUGGGUCAAAGCUACCUCCCGGAGCUGAAUUGGUUGUGUUAGCUCGACGUAAAUUUUUGCACAUGAGAGAUUAUGCAAAAUGUUCAGUACUGUCUUAACAUUUAAUGUUAAGGUUUCCUAAAGAUGUUUUUCGAACAGGUGAAACAGAGGAGGUAGUACUAGUCCGAGUCUUGUGGGCAUCGUGCAUAAUAGACUAACUUUUCCAGUAUUUUAGUCUUAGGGUUAUUUUAUGUGUAUUUGAGCUUAUUUUUACGUAAUUUUAUAUGUGUAUUUGAGCUUAGUAGUAACUUCGCGUCUAAAAGCCUAAACCCCUAAACCUCAAGUAUCCAUUUUGUCACUCUCUAUUCGCGAUCUCAUUCUUCCGCUAAACCCUUAAAUCCCAAGUUCCAUGUCUCUUCUCUGGAAUCUCCGCAAUAAACUUCACAAUCCCUUCCAUGUACUCAAACCCAUUUCUGCUCGCUUAUUCGCCACCCAAAAACCUAGCUACAACGCCCACGAGUUCCCCGAUGAGCCAACGUCCGCGUACUACGACGACCUCAUCAACGAAGCGGGGGGAUCCGGUGACCUGGAGGCCGUAAGGUACCUUCUCAACAAGCGCGCCAAAGAUGGCUGUUUCACCACUACGAGUACGUUCAAGUUCAUCACGAAUACUGACACUUCCCUCUCCUCUAUCGACCAUCUCUGCAGAACUUUAGCUCGUCUCGACUCCGGUUUCACGCGCAAGAGCGCGUACGAUUCGCUCGUCGCGCGGCUCUGCAAGCUGCGCCGAGUCGACGAAUCCCUGCGAGUAGUUGACGCCAUGGUUCGCGGCGGCUACGGCCUCAACGUCGCCACCUUCUACCCGAUCCUCAGCGUGGUGACCCGAAUGAAGAAGAUGGAUGAAGCAUGGCGCAUUGUGGAGCUUAUGAGAUCGCUCGGAGUGCCGCCCGAUCUGACGGCUUACAAUUACAUCUUGACCGCUCAUUGCUUCAACGGCGACCUGGAGGCGGCGCGUGAUUUGACGCGGAGGAUGGAAGAGGAGGGUUUGGGUGCGGACUCGCGUGCAUACGACGCUCUGGUGCUGGGAGCGUGCAGGGCGGGGAAGGUGGAGGGGGCUUUGUUGGUAUUAAGGAAGAUGGAGGAUGAAGGGGUGCCGGUGUUGUAUUCCACACACGCGCACGUUAUCAAUGCGUUGCUGAAGGAUGGCUAUACUGCGCUGGGGGUGAAGUUUGUGAUGGUGAAUGGCGGGAGAGAUGAGAAGUUGGAUACGUUUAGUUUUGGGCAUUUGUGUAGUAAGCUUAUUGAUCUCAACAGGUUUAAGGAGGCAGAAUUGGUCUUGGAGGAAAUGCUUAAAAGGGACUUACCAAUUGGUAAUAAAUUGAGGAAUUUUUAUGAAAAUUUGGUUACAAGUAAACAAUAAAAAAUUUCAUCUAUUUCUUAGCAUUAAUAAUAUCAAUUAAGAAUAAAUUACAAUAUGGUUUCUGAAAUUUUCAUAAUUAAUAAAUAUAAUUUAUCUUUAACAAUUCUAGUGCUCGUUGUUUGAAUGUUAAUUAUG